AUGGCUGGUCUGUUAACACACCGGAGUGCUUUGCGUGGAUUUCCCUCAAUUCGAUCGUUUUUCGCAUCGGCUAAUUUAUUGUCAAGGCAGCUCGUUAAGAAGCUGGGGUUUGAUCGUUUAAAAUGCGAAUGCAAAAAUUGGAUUUUUUUUAGGUUACGAGAAGGCAGUGGUUGUACGGUUACGAAAGAAUUAGGCCAUUUAACGGCGCAGAGAAGCGAUGAAGAGCCUUAUCCGUCGGGUCAGCUAUUUCUUCAUAAAGUCUUCCCGUAUCGAGGCAUUAUUUUGUGUUCAUUCACAUGUCCUGUUGAAGAAAAGCCUGUAACUCCAUAUGAUUUUGCUGAUAAUCCAAUUGUGAUAACUCAAAAAUCCUUAUUUUAUCAAGUGCUCAUUCACUGCGGCGACUGGAAAUAUAUGCAUUUCCCAGUUGAUCUAACUUCCUAUCUGGAAGAUGCUGGUACGGUGCAUGGCGAAAAGAUGCUUAAUGUUGUGUUCGGCAUGGAUUGUGUACCACAUGAGGAAAUUAUACCUUACGGAACACGCCAUCCCGAACCUAUUGCACAUGAAUUAUUCCAUGGACUUUUUGAAUGCAUUAUUUCACCCGACGAUGAUGCCAAAUUUUCGGUGCGCAAGGAGCCGAGCUACUUGAUCACUCAGCAUUCAAAUUGUAUUUUGAACCAGCUUACACCACACUGGGUAUAUCGGGAAACCACUGAUGGAAUAAAGGUAACAGUGACAACAUUUUACUUGGGUUUAAAUGUGACAAAUGGACAACAGAAGCAUUGGUGGCGAUAUGUGAUCCGUUUGGAAAAUCAAAGACCAUGCUCCAUCAUUGUUCGAUCCAGAGAAAUGAAAGUCUACAGUUUAAGCAACAUGCAACAGCAAAAAUUCCCGUACGUUGCUGGGCAGGUGUGA